GUUCCAUCUCUCUAGCUUAAUUAAUCAGCUUAAUUGCCAUAUACACACACACACUUACUCUGCAACGCUGCAUUGCUAUCUGCAAGCAAGAACACACAGAGGAGAGAAGAGAAGAGAGAGGAAGCUAAUUAAUUAAGCUAAGCUAAGCUAGCAAGGUUGGUUGGUUGGUCGCCGUCGUUGGCCAUGGCCAUGGCGAGCACGAGGAUGAUGAUCGUCAGGAGGUGGGCGCCGGUGAUCGCCGUGGCGGCGGCGCUGGUGGUGCUGUCGGUGCUCGGCACGGCGGCGGAGGCGGCGAGGCCGUUGGUAGACGGAGGAGUGGACGGCUGGGUGGCCGCCGGCGGCGGCGGCGGCGCGGCGGCGUCCAUCGUGGAGACGCUGAGGAGGCUGUACCUGCAGCAGCUGGGCGGGCCGGGCGCGUCGUGCGGGACCAACAGCCCCAACAACGGCUGCCCGCCGUAGGAUCGUGACACGUGGCGCAAUCCGGGCCGUCCAUGUGUAGCAUGCAUGCAUGCAUGCAACCAUUCUCCGGGUUGAUGAUUUUUUUUUUCUUAGGCCUCUGACUGACCUUUUGGGGAUCAGAAUUCAGAAUAUUCUUUGAUUGAUUUUCUUUGUGAUUUUUGCCCACAUUUUAAGUGAAGUAUAUGGUGGGGAUGACAAUAUCUACAGAAGAAUAAACAAAUGUAUACACUAUAAUACACAGACACACAGUAUAUAUAGGGACUAUGGUUUUGAAUAAAAAGUUAUGUAGGAUUAAUUAAGUAAUCUUACAAACUUAUGUAAUUCGAUGAGCUUAUGUACAUCAAGUAAAUGGUUGUUUAAUUAUACUCGUUUCCUCCCCGAUGAA